CAGUUCCUGUUUUGCAGCACACGCUCUCUGACUCUGCAGUCGGAGGGUCUAUUUUUGAGAAGCACCCAAGACAGGAGGAUGUGGUCUCUGUAUUGUUUCCCCCCGAGUGUGUCUCAGCUGAGGUUGAUCUGGGACGGUCUAAGACGCUGAUAACGGCAGUUAGAAGAUGAUGCCGAAGGUGGAGCAGAGCUCGUGCACGGAGGAUCGCAUACAGCAUAUCCUUGAGCGCUGCCUCAGUGGCCUGGGUCUCAACACUCCUGACAAACAACUCUGGAACGCUGGACUGUGCAUAAACCGCUGGUGUUUGGAGGAACUUGUGAAGAGAGAUCCCCACAAUUUCCUCAUCCUUCUGCAGAAACUACUGAGGAAAACAUCGCAGGUGCUCGAGCAGUGUCGGUAUGAACUGGUGGUGCCCCUCACUCUCCUCUUCUCUUCAGCCCUCCUUCAAGCUCCUCAUGUGGCGCUGCACUGUGGCGUGCUGCAGGAGGCCUACUUGUUGUUUCACGGCUUCCUGACCUGGCCGGAGCCUUGCAGCUCUGCCAGUAAACGCCUGCUGAAAAUCAUCCACAAGGAGCUCAGAGCACCAGGUAUUUCGUUUCAAAGACUGGUUCGGACAGAGCAGGGUAUUUCCCCUGAGAUUCACUGCUCCAAAACCAUAAUGGUGCUGUUGGUGAACCCAGAUGAGGACGUCCCUCCAGAGGUCCAAUCCGUCUCGGAGCAGCUGAGCAGCACCCAUCACUCCAGCAGAGACGUCGCCAUCCUCCUCAUCCUGCACUGCUUUCAGGCCUCACUGGGCGCCAACCACGACCUGCGGGCGCUCCGCGCUGCCCUCCAGACAAAGCAGCCUGAGGAGCUGCAGCAGCUCGUGGAGGCAGUGACUGACCUCAUGGAGACGGCUGCCUCGAUGGUAGAUCUCAGGACAGCUCGACGAGCUCUGCUAAGCAGCAUGGAGAGGCUCAGAGAUGGCCUCACUGUUCCUGCUCCUAGUGAUGGCCGCACAGAUGCUGUAGGGGCUGUUGAGACUUUCAUGCUGCCCUUCCCCAAAUGUCACACGUGCUCCUGGGAAAACGACAACUUAGAUUUUCUGAAUGACAUUCUCUCCAGCGAGUCCGACCUGGACUCACCUGCAGACUGUUUCCCUAAAUCCGGAAUGGAUGACGACGAUAACAAUGACACCAGCGUGGAUGAGGAAGACGAGGUGGACCAUGAGUUUCAGAGCCACCGCGUCUCCUCCACUUCCUCGUCCUCGAGGGACUCUGGCUACUCCCUCUCCUCCAGCUGGUCUGUGGUCUCCACGGCGUCUGGCUCAUCAGGCGUGGAAAGUGACCUCAGCGAGGACACAACGCACAAGGACACAGGAGAGGGAGGACCAGAUGGCCAACCGAAGCUGAGGAAGAAACCCAAAAAGAAGUCCAGAUCCAUCUUGGGAGUUGAGCGCUUCUCCAUGCUCUUCAAGGCUCCCCUCAGCCCGAGCAGUUGCCGCCGGGUCCAGAGCAUGGGCCACCAAAGAACUGGGCCGCAGCUCAAACUCUCCAGGUCCCUGUCCAGACAAGUCCAUCCUCUGCAUGCGCCCACCGCUAGACAGGAUCCUCUCUCCCCCCGAAAGCACAUGUGCGUCCACAGGAGGCCGAUCCUGAGCUGCGACGAAAGCGACGCAGCAGAGUGGCCCACGCUGGUCAAAGUGGUGGUGUUCGGAGGGGACAAAGAAGCUGGCAGGCUGGCCAGGGCGUACAGCGACCUGCAGCAGAAGGAGAGUAAAUGUCCCCGACUCACCAAGACAUGCACACUGCAGUUUUACUUUGUUCCCACCAGAAGGAGGACUACGGGAAGCACAGGAGGACAAACAUCAACUGAAGGGCCGACAGGAAGUUCAACCAGAGCUCCUUCCUCUGUGGAGUCUAACGGCAGUGUGCUGGAGGACAGGACCACUGACAUCGCCCAGGUGUUGGGCAUGAUGGACCCCUGGUACGAGCGGAACGUCCUCAGUCUGCUCAGCCUGUCCUCUGACGUCCUCUGUCAGACUGCCUGUAAGGACGCCGAUGAGUCGGUGAGCAGCGUGGAGACUCUCCCCCUGCUGGCUGACCUGGUGCUCUAUUACUGUCGACAUGCGGACCAGCCUGUUCUGGUGCAGCUCUACCAGGUUGAGUUGACCCUGGCUGGAGGAGAGAGGAGAAGGGAAGUGUUUAUUCACUCUCUGGAGCUCGGGCACACUGCUGGAACCAGAGCUGUUAAGGCCAUGGGUUCUGCCAGCAAAAGGUUUGGCAUUGAGGAAGAACGGGAGGCCGUCCCUCUAGCGCUCAGUGUUGCCUACAACAAGGUGGCUGUUAGCGGGAGGAGUCAGUGGAUCCAGACGGAGGUGGUCUGCACAUCAAUAAAUCUUUCCAAAGCCUGCUGCAAACCGGAGCAGCUAGAUACACAAGUAGAAAGUCUACAGCUGACAAUGACAGAAGUCCUAAAGAGGCAGAGCUCCAAGUCUAAAAAGGGAUACAACCAGCACAUCUCCAUAUCAGAGGUGAAGGUGGACGGUGAAGAGGAUGGGACAACGUUUGCCGUGUGUCUGGAUCAGGAUGAGAAGAAGUUCAUCCAACGUGUCACCAGGUGUGAGGUGUCCCUGUGCUGUAAACUAGGAAGCAGUUCAGACUGGAGGUCCUACAAGCCCUCACCUGGCCAAGUCCAGCCCCUGCACCCGUCCUAUUGCUCCCUGCUCUGCCUCCCCAUCACCUCUUUCUCUGCCUCAUGCCCCUGACCACACUGAGGGAAUCCAGGCUUGUUUGAACCAAAGCGACGCGAGGGGACGCGGACAGCUUCCUUCCAAAUGUUUUCUCUUAUCCCCUGGAGCAGGGCUUACGUCACUUAUCUGCUGUCAAUAGCAUCAAACUAAUUACUUGAUUACUACUCUGUACGUUUUUUUUAGUGUCGUAAAAUAAGCUAUUUAUUUUGAAGUGAUUUUCUGUUGUUGUGUUUUUGUUUUAAAUUUUUCUGAAACAAUUUAUAUCACACAACUGAUAAUAAAAUCACAAUUCAGUCUU